AUGUCCGCGUACCUUUCCCUAGUCAUCUCCGAUGGAUGAUUCGACUUAUCUGGCUGUCAACACCAAGAGGCCAAUGAAGAUAUAUAAACCCCUCUCUGCUUGACAUACGCUCUGCCAAGUUUAUUCCUAGCAUUGAGUUGCCUCCUCGCUUUUUCAUCACUUCGCCUCUGCAGAAUAGAGUUCGCCACACGCUAUUACCAUGGCUUCAAUCAAAGAGACUGCUGGCGUGGAUGUGGAGAAGAGUACUGCAGACGAAAAGGCCGUCCUCAGCCAGCAUGUGGAUAAAGCUGCCAAAUUCCUGGUUGAGGUCGAUGCCUACCCGCCUCUAUCUCCCGAGGCUGAGCGGAAGCUGAUUCGCAAGGUAGACUGGAUAAUGAUUCCUAUCCUAUUCGUUACUGCCACCUUGGGUGCCGUGGACAAAGUGGCACUUGGAACCGCAGCGAUAUACGGCCUGCGAACCGAUACCAAGCUAGUCGGGCAGCAAUACUCAUGGCUGGGAUCCAUUUUAUCGCUCGGUGCUUUGACAGGAAUGUUUCCCUCCUCAUAUCUUAUCCACCGGCUCCCGUCUGCCAAAUACCUGUGCGCAUGCAGUGUGGGUUGGGCUAGUAUGGCACUCCUCAUGGCUUCCUGUACAAACUGGAGCUCGUUGAUGGCUGUUCGCUUCUUCAUGGGUGUUUUCGAGGCCAUUAUCGUCCCCGGAAUCUCGCUCAUCAUUGCUUCUUGGUACAAAAAGUCUGAGCAACCACCACGUAACGCUCUCGUCUUCGCAGCUGCUAGUUCCGUCGUCAACGGCUUCCUAUCUUGGGCGGUUGGACACAUCGACGCCGAGCUCUCCAUCUGGCAGUAUUUAUUCUUGAUUGUUGGAUCAGUCACUUUUGCUUGGUCGCUAUUUGUGCUGUGGUAUAUGCCAGCGACUCCGAUGGACGCAAAGUUCCUAACCCAGGAAGAGAAAUACCAUAUGAUUCGACGUGUUGCUGAGAACAAAACCGGAGUGUCCAACAAGGAAUGGAAGUGGUACCAGGUCAAGGAGGCUUUCAUAGACCCAAAGACCUGGAUCAUCUUCUUCUUUAACAUUGCCAUCAACAUCCCCAACGGAGGUCUCACGACUUUCAACGGCAUCAUUAUCGCGAACCUUGGCUUCACAAGCGUCAAAGCAUCCCUGCUAUCCAUGCCCACGGGCGUUAUGUCGACCCUUUCAGCCUUCAUCUUCAGCUACAUUGGCGCCAAAUGGAAUAACCGUCGCUGUCUCGUUACUGUUGCGGCCUGCAUCGUCCCAAUUAUCGGCACCGCAAUCGUAUAUGCCGUUGAUCGCGGCAAUGUAGCGGGUCAAAUGGUCGGCAUCUACCUUCUUUAUACAUACUUCGGUCCCUACAUUGUAGGCAUUGGUCUAGCUCAGGCCAAUACUGCCGGGAACACCAAAAAGACCGUAGUUUUUGCAAUCCUCUACAUCGGCUAUGCUGUAGGGAAUCUCAUUGGACCGCAAACAUUUCGUGCUGAUCAGGCUCCUGCGUAUACAGGCGGUGUAGUUGCCAUGAUUGUAUGCUACUGCAGUUGCAUUGUCUUGGUGUGCCUGUACUGGGCUCUAUGCGUCUGGAAUAAUAAGCGCAUUGUUCCCAGGGUCGAGAGGAGGGGGUCUACCGAGGAGUUUAUGGACGAUCUGAUGGAUCAAACCGACUUUGAGCAGGAGGGCUUCAGGUAUACCACCUGAUGAGAAAGGUCUUGGGUAUCAGUCUGGAUAUUCUAUACAAUAUACAUGCAAUGCUACUGGUAGUUGUGUUCAACGUCGGAAUUCUAGUUAGACGUUAGAUGAACCUCACCAACCGUCACCCUACCGUGCAGAAAGACCUUAAAAGUUGAGUAUGGAGUUUGAUGAAUUACUAGCCGAGAUAGUUGUCCUCGAAGGCAUUACGCAUAAAACUAGUGAUGGUCCUAAGUCAGGCAACAUCAGGCAUCCCAUUUGGCAAUGCGACGAACCCAUUGUUGAAGUUGGUAGGCUACGAUGGGGCGAAAACAGAAUGUCUCAAGUGGCGUACGAGCUAGGAGAGGUCAACUGCGCGUCAGCCGCAGCUCAAUAUAAGACACGAUCC